AUGGACACGACUGUCAAUGAACCUUCUACCCAAGCGAAACAGAACGACACAUUGCAUCCCAUGCAUCUAACAGCAGAACUAUCCAAAAAACGCAACAAGCUGCUCAAAGAGAAAGCAAUUUUUGCGAAAGAGGAAGGAAAUAUAUGGGAACACUCAAAGGCAAUCCUUGCGCAAAAUAUCGAUGAUGAAGAAAAUCUGAAGCAGUCACGCCGAGCAUGCAAUGAAAUUUCUAAACAGUAUGGUUUUUAA